AUGGAUAAUGUUGAUUGGGAUCUCUUUGCCAUUGUGCGUAGCUGCAAAGCUACCUCUUUAACUCCUUCCACCAUUUUUGAAUCUUCACCUCAAACCCCAACCACCACCACCACCACCACCACCACUACUAUGAAUAAGGUUAUAUCACUUCAAAACUACACACCAUCUUACUUUGAUGAUUUUACCAUGUCCUAUGAAAAUAGCCCAAUUCCUUUUUCGCCACUCAAAUCAAAUGAUUUCUUACAGCUAGGAAGGUUUAUACCUAAUUUUAAUCCCAACACCACUAUCUCUGCUGUCGUUACCCCUGUCACUACUACCACCACUUUCAUGACUCCCAACUCCACCUUUGCUUCUCCUUCCAUACUUAAUAUUAAUGGAACCAACCAAUAUUCCAAUAUUUGUCGGUUCCCCAAACCUGCUCCCUACAUUGAAAUUACAACUGGGCAUUUUGAUCUUGCAUACAAUCAUCCAUCGGUUCUCCACGAACUCCAGAGAGAGCGCAAUCAACUACCAAUUCAAGCACCCAAAACUAGCUUUGGGCUUAUACCGAAUACACUUUCACAACAUCCAAAACGAAAAUCUUGGAAAAGGAAGAAUAAUAAUACGAAGAUAUUGGAGUGUCAUUUGAGUGUAGAGAAGAUCAAAGAAGAUCCGUGGACAUGGAGAAAAUAUGGAGAAAAAAUUAUCAAAGGGUCUUCACAUCCAAGGAGCUACUACAAAUGUAGCAGCUUCAAAGAUUGUUCGGCAAAAAAACUAGUAGAAAAAAGCAAAAACAAAGAGAACACUUAUGUCGUGACAUAUAAAGGACAACACAACCAUAAAGAGCCAAAAUAUAAUCAUAAAUCUGUCAUUGGUACCUCUCAAAACAAGUUAUCAAAGAGAAUAUUAUCUACUGCUAAAGUUGUAAGAAACAUGAAUUCACCUAAUGUUGUAAUGACGCACUUUAAUCAAACAGGGAACAUCAAUGCUCAAAUUCUCUCAACUCAAUCAAAAGUCAUAUAUCCUGAAAAUGAACUUACAAAAAAUCAUUUGCUUGUUUCCCAAGAAGCUGUAUCGUCUUCAAGUGUUGGAAACUUGAGUUCAUCUGAUGUGAUGAUGUCGCAGUUUGAUGAGCCAAAGGGCAAUGAUGCUCAAGUUUUCACUUGUGAGUCAACAAUUCCUUAUUCACAAAAAAAAUCGAGUGGAAGUUGUGAUGACGAUGACCAUGAUAUUUUGAUACCGAACAUGAGAGCAAUGUCGGAGGAUAUUUUACUAGACUUCAACCACCUCAACGGUGGUAGGUUAUUCACUUAG